CAGAACAGACACAUGUGACUCAACACGACAUGGAAGACAUGGUCUAGCCUAACCUAUCCUAACCUAGUACAACACGAUUGUUCGUAAGUGCGGAACAAACUGGCAAUUAAACGGACCAGAAUAGACUAACAACAACUCAUAAUACGGAGAUAGUACGAAUAUCUAAUUUGAAAACAAUAAAAUGGAGAGCAACUCAUCGAAAGAAAACUACAUCAAAUUAUGUAAAAUCAAUAAGAAUUCUUUUACAGAUGCGAUCACAAUGUGCACAAAUAUCUGUGCCCCAGGUGUGGUAUAGAAUAUUGUUCCGUCGUUUGUUACAAAUCUGACAAACAUUCGGAAUGUUCAGAGAGCUUCUACAGAGGUUGUGUUGAGGAGGAAUUAAAAUUCAAUGAAAAAGACCCGGAAACCAGGAGAAAGAUGCUGGAAAUUUUGCAGAGAAUGCACGAGGAACACGCGAAUGACAUGGAAGACAUGGAGGAGCUAGCGCACCAACAAUUGGACUCUGACGACGAUGACGAAGUGCCAGAUUUGUCUGAUCGUUUACGAAAUAUUGAUUUGGAUGACGCUGAUUCUGUCUGGGCUGCUUUGACCGACGGUGAGAAACAAGAAUUUGAAACUUUACUAUGCAAUGGUGAGAUGGAGAAACUGUUACCUCCAUGGAAGCCUUGGUGGUCUUACCGAGCAAACGCGAAACUAGUGGAAGAUCUGAGUAAAACAAGCAAGGCAUUUGAUUACCAACAAAACUGCCCACGGAUAAAAAAUAUCAAACACUAUAAUGAGAUAUCGAAAGUACCACCAGCUGAAUGUGUGAAAAAUAACGUAUUGAACGUCCUGCACGCUUACGCUUUUACCGCUUUAUAUUUCAAUGGUGACCAUCACAAUUUUCCUAGGGAAGCAAUAUCUAUACUUACAGAACUUUCCAAUAAUCUCAGAGAAAAUGAAGUUUUCAUUAAAGCUGAUCUAGCCAUUGAAUCUGUUUCCCAACAGGCAAUGAAUUGUCGUACGCUCGUCGCUGACCCGGAAAACAUAUCGGCGACAAAGAAUGCAUGCACUUGUAUUCUGCAAGGACCUGAAGAUUCAAACAAGUAUUUCUAUGUGAAAGCGGCCUUUUCUGACCUACACAAACUUUUUUCAAAAUGUACGGUGCCAAGCAAACCAAAGGACACUCCCAAAUGCACCAGCAAGGAAUUCUCCAAACGAUUUCCUGAUCAUGGUGCAAUUUCUGCAACGGAAAUACCUCGAAAUAAGUUGAAACUUUAUUUGAAAAAAAUCGAAUACUAUCUUUCUUGGGUUGAAACCUAUGGCUCGAACCUGUACACGUAGGCUUAACAUAUGAGAAUAAAACUAUUUAUAUAAUCCAA